UUCCCUGGAUUUCCUGCUUUUUCCUGGAUUUCCCUGCUUUUUCCUGGAUUUCCCUGGAUUUCCCUGCUUUUCCGUGUCUGGACCACGAUGUGGGCCGUAGUUCUCUUGGGCAGCGUCCUGCACUUCCACGUCUUCCUCAGCGUCCAGUGCGCUCCGGCGUCCGAGCGGAGAACCGGCAAAGCGCCGCAGGGUUUUCCUCACAGCAACGUCCAGACGGGUCUGAAAAAGCGGGCGAGACAGAAGCAGGAGACGCUGGACCAGGACGACCUCGUAAAGUCUGCGCUAGCGUCCCAGAACGGCUCGGACUUUUGGAAACGUCCGCGCUGCGGCGUCCCGGAUUAUCCCGUUAGCUCGCUGACGCUCGACGUGUCGCGCUACAUCCUGAAGAAGAGACGAGGAGGCCUGAGCGACGCGCAGGGACGAGCAGGACUGAGCGACGCGCAGCGCAGGAAGAGAUACGCUCUGUUCGGAGGACGCUGGGAGAAGAACAACCUCAGCUACAAGAUUGAGCGGUUCCCGUGGCAGAUGCCUGAGGACAAAGUACGGCGAGUUCUACGAGCGGCGUUUGGAAUUUGGAGCGCCGUGACUCCGCUAUCCUUCAGAGAAGUGACCGAGAAACCCGACAUCGUCAUCGACUUCGCCCGGUACUGGCACGGGGACACGUUACCGUUCGACGGUCCAGGAGGAAUUCUCGCUCACGCUUUCUUCCCUCGAACGCAGAGAGAAGGAGAAGUUCACUUUGAUUACGACGAGAACUGGACGCUGGGAAACAAUGUGGGGACUGAUCUCCUCCAGGUAGCGGCUCACGAGUUCGGCCACGUCCUGGGUCUCCAACACUCGCUGGUUCCCGGCGCCAUCAUGUCUCCGUUCUACAGCGACACGUACCCGCUGCGGCUCGGAGAGGACGACGUGAAGGGAAUCCAGUACCUGUACGGGCCGCGGCCGCGGCGGGAAAACACGCCGCCGCCGCCACCGCCGCCGCGGGAAAACACGCCGCCGCCCGACAUAACGGAGACCAACGACCUCGGCAAAGACCUGCCCGACGCCUGCAGGACGAGCUUCGACGCCGUGUCCAUGAUCCGGGGAGAACUUUACUUCUUCAAGUCUCGGUUCGUUUGGAGAAUCCGGGACGGGCAACUGCAGGACGGAUAUCCGGCGCUUUCCACGCGACACUGGAGAGGAUUCCCCGACUCCAUCGAUGCCGCCUACGAGGACAAGUCUGGCAACGUCUGGUUCUUCAAAGGUAACAGCUACUGGGUGUUUGACGCCGGCAGGAAGAUCACCGGCCCUGAUUCCAUCCAGCAGCUGGGACUUCCUGUGUCGGAGAUUCACGCGGCGGUGAACUGGGCGGUGGACCGAGACGAGACGAUCUUCCUGUUCAACCCGCCGUUCUACUGGUCGUUCAGCCCCAACAACAACCGAGUCAACGACGCCCACCCGGCCGGCAUGCACAAGUGGGCGGGGCUGCCGAGCCGCUUCGACGGAGCCUUCCGGGACAAAUACGGUUACACUAACUUCGUCAGCGGGCAGGACUACUGGAAGUUCGACCCGGUGACCCUGACGGUUCUGAAGGGAUACCCGCGGAUCAUCGGCGUGGAUUUCUUCAGCUGCUCCGCCUCCCUGUACAAAUAAAUUAAUUCAUUCAUUCAGACGCUCUGCACAAACUCAACAUCUUACCGGGAAUAUUGGGCUGAUUUCUGGUUAAAAUGUCUCAUUUUUAGUCAAAAAAAGUCUCAUUACACUUAAGACAAGACUCAAAGACUCAAAAAACAACAAUUUUCUCCUGUUUCAAGUAGAUUUUCACUUAAAAUAAGUAGAAAAAUCUGCUUUUUUUUUCUCGAAAUUUCGACUUU